GAAAGUUUUCUACGGUCACUCUAUUAAUUUCACGUUAAACGAAAUUAUAAUUGGAUUUCUUAUUAUUUAACAACCGAUCGCAGCGACACGAGUGGGUGCGUGUGGUCAGUAAUAGAUAGAGAUUGAGAAGGACUCAUCACCAGAAUGCUAGUCUUAAACAUUUGCAGAACUGCCUCCAGAUUGGCCCUGCGCAGCCUCAACCUGCGAUCGCCUAUCGCAACGCGCACUUUCUCGGCGGGAUUGGCCCUGAAAACGAAAGAUGUUGUUAAUAUAACAUUCGUGCGUGCCAACGGGGACAAGAUCAAGACGUCUGGGAAAGUGGGAGACUCUCUGCUGGAUGUGGUAGUCAAUAACAAUGUGGAUUUGGAUGGUUUUGGAGCCUGCGAGGGUACUUUGACUUGCUCUACCUGUCACCUGAUCUUCAAGACCAGCGAUUUCGAGAAAUUACCCGACAAACCCGGUGAUGAGGAGCUGGACAUGCUGGAUUUGGCCUACGAACUGACGGAUACCUCCCGUUUGGGCUGCCAGAUCGUUCUGUCUAAGGACAUGGAGGGUCUGGAGGUUCAUGUGCCCUCCACCAUCAAUGACGCCCGAGCCGCGUAAAGAGACGCCACCCACUGUUAUCAAUUGUUGCAAUUUUGAGUGCUAAUUUGCUUUAGUUCGACUUAGAUGUAGUCAAUAUUUUUCAAUGAAAUCGUAUGUAUUGUCCCAGGGACAUCUAGCUCAGGCGGCUAUUAUAAAUGCGUGCAUAAAUCGGAUUCCAGAUGCGGUUUUCGGCCCGCUGUUGUUUUUAAAGUGUUUAAGCUCAAAAGGAUUAGAUCAAUAUGUAAAUAUGUGUUCCCAAUAAAUUUACAUGUAUUUUCGUA